CCCCGGGGGCGGGGGCGGGGGCGGCGUUCCCGCUGUUCGCUGGACUGGGUGUCAUUGGGCUCCGAGAAGCGGCGGCCGGGGCACUGCGGGGUGUCUGGUGUCGGGCACGGCCAUGGCGGGCGCGCUGGUGCGGAAAGCGGCGGACUAUGUCCGGAGCAAGGACUUUCGGGACUACCUCAUGAGUACGCACUUCUGGGGCCCUGUAGCCAACUGGGGUCUUCCCAUUGCUGCCAUCAAUGACAUGAAAAAGUCUCCAGAGAUUAUCAGUGGGCGGAUGACAUUUGCUCUCUGCUGUUACUCCUUGACGUUCAUGAGAUUUGCCUACAAGGUGCAGCCUCGAAACUGGCUUCUCUUUGCCUGCCACGUCACAAACGAAGUCGCCCAGCUCAUUCAGGGGAGUCGCCUUAUCAAACACGAGAUGACUAAAAAGGCAUCAGCGUAACAAGGGAAAAUGAAAAACCAGCUGUUGGAAGGGAAGCUAUGCCGCUGCUGAGUCAGUCUGCCUCACGAUAGGCUCGCUAAGGAAAACAGGCUGGCUACUAUUUUUACUAACCAGUUUUUCUAGAAAAAGCUGAGAGUCCCGAAGCCAACUCUCUGCUGCCUUACAAGUACCGAAUAUCUUACUUCUCUUCGUAAAGAGUAGCUCAAAAUAUGCCAUCAAUUUAGUAAUUCCCGAUGAUGGUCUUAUCUGCGGUAAUAUGGAUAGUACCUGUUAGAAUUUACUUAAUGAAAAACCGAAGAGAACAUCGUUUGUAAUUAUUAGCAUUUAAGUACUCAGAAUUCUUAACUGUAAUGACCACGAGACCCACGGCUGGCCACAUACUCCAAUCUCAUUGCCAAUGUUUUGAAAAAGUGUGUAUUUCCGUGCAGUGUGUAUAUUGAGCUGCUGGAACUUAAUGGCAAUAAAUGAUUUAAAUAUUUGUCAAA